AUGGACAUGCAACCAUCCCCACGGAACAAUGGCAGUGGCUCGUUGGAAUCAAAUCUUGCUCGAAAGCGAGAUCAAAGUGGUACAGAUAUGCCUGCACCUAAAAGGCAACGAACAAUCCUUGCCUGCAACCGUUGUCGCGCAAGGAAAGUCAAAGUCAGUGCUCUGUUUAACCCUACCCUACCCAUUAAUCUUGGCGCUAAAAUGUUCCAUCAGUGCGAUGGAGGGUAUCCUUCGUGCUUCCAUUGCCAGGAUACCGAUGCGCGUUGCGAAUAUCGAACACCUCAUCGCGAACAACAAGAGGCUAUUCCAGACAACACCCUGAUACUUGAGCAGCGGCUCAAGGCUUUGGAAGAUACUGUCCAACGACUUCGAAAGACAUCAUGUUCGACGGCAGAAGAAUCCGAUGAAUCCGACACUCCAGAACUAGUUAUCCAGGACCUGCCUGAAGACUUUACACAAGUUCAGUAUCUAUGUUCCAGUAGUGCUCAAGAUGGCAUAGGUAGCACUGGGGAAGAGUUCUACGGUCCUUCUUCCAACAUUUUCUAUCUUAGGCAGAUACUGGGAGAAGUUGAUUCCACGACCCUGUCUUCCUUCCGUGGCAUGGACAGCAAGAUUUCAGAGUUCAUCAAGCCAGAAUGCUCCCCUCCAGCAGCAGUGUUUCACAUGGAGUCAGUCCCAGUAGCUAAACAUACUGAUAAUGAGGGUCUUUAUGUCCUUCCCCCAGAUCAUGCAACCAGGUCCCUGGUCGAGCUUUUCUUCCGGGACUAUGGUUCGAUGAACCCAUUUCUCGACAAAGCUACAUUUUUCCACACUCAUGUUGAUCCCAUCUACGAGUCAACACUCCCCCCGGACGCAUCUAAGCUGGCGUUGCUCGAUAUGGUCCUAGCAAUAGCUACAGCGUCGAGUAUUGAUUCGAUAACGCCGACUACAAGGAGAUUUUUCAUUUCGAGACUUUUCUUUGAACGGUCCAAAAGUUUGUUAUCAAAGGAUGACUUAGCAUGUGGCAAUCUUGAACAAGUCCAGUCCUACCUGUUAAUGAGCCAGUAUUUGCAAAGUACUGAUCGGUGUUCGGAUUCAUGGUCGACAUAUUCCAUGGCCGUCCAAAAGGCCCUCCGCCAGGGCCUCCACCAUGUGGAUUACCUAGCCAAGGAUUUUGCCGCUGAAAGAGAGGCCAAAAGACGAACUUGGCAACUGUGUUUGUUCAUGGAUAGCGCCUUUUCAAUGCAUUUUGGCCGUCCGUCUCUAUUGGGGCCUUAUGUACAACGAGCUGAUUACUUCGUAAACCAACCAUUACCAGCUUCUGCUCCAAGACCUUCACCAUCGGAUAACUGGCCCGAAGAAAAAAGUUCAACAUUCUUUUACCUAUCUUUCAAGCUGUACGCAAUCCUAGGACAGAUUGUUAACACAGAAUAUUUCCAGAGCCCGAAGCCUCUCGACCUAUCUCGAUUCAUGGAUAUUAUAGCAUCCAUUGCCUGUAUGAGCCAAAAGCUUGACGAAUGGCUUGAUUCAUUACCGGAGGAAUGGCGGGCAGCGAUCAUAGACUCCUCAGCUGCCCCAGAGGAUGAAGCUAAUUCCCAAAACAAUUUAUACAGGGUCCUAGGUUUGCGGUAUCACAACGUCCGCCUUAUGCUACAUAGGCCAGCUCUUGUACUUGUGCUAUCGGCUGUGGGGAAAUUAGCCAACUCUAACGACAUAACCCCAACGUCUAGACGACAGAUUCUUAUGUUCUCCAGGCCUAGUCUUGAAACAAGUAUCGAUUCGGCCGAAGCUAUUGUCGCCACGAUCAACGCGUUUGAAGGCGGAAAACCUGGUCCAGGAAUGUGGUGGACAUUGAUCCAGAUUGUUUACAACGCGGCACUGACAUGCUUCGCUUUGAUAUGCCUGCAGACAAGGGAUGCUGCUUUUGGAGGAUCGCAGGCCGCCUUCAAAGCCUGGAUAUACGUCGACCUCGCCAGACAGGCGUUCUGCAAGUUAGUGCCUGACCAUCCUGCUGUGGAGAGAGCCUCGAGCUUUCUGCGGCACAUAGCUCGGCUCUGCGACCAUAUAGUCCAGCAGAAUGUCAGCACAGUCUUGAUAGACUCUGUCCUAAACAUCCCAUUAAGUCAAGCCGACACUGAAUACCUGGGUCCCGAGUCAUUCCCAUUCGACUUUUCGAUGUUCGAACACCUUGAUGAUCCGUUGUUCACGAAUCAUCAGAGUACUUCUGAGGGAGACACUGAUGUGGGCAUCGCGAUCAAUUAG